AUGAGUAACCUCGCUUCAAAAAUUAAAUUAAGCUGUCAAGACAUCACCAAAAUUGAAGUAGAUGCAAUCGUCAAUGCUGCAAACAACUCUUUACUCGGAGGAGGUGGAGUUGAUGGAGCAAUUCACAGUGCUGCUGGAAGAGAAUUGUUGAAAGAGUGUCGUGCACUUGGAGGAUGUCCUGAUGGUGAAGCCAAAAUCACCAAAGGCUACAAUUUGCCAGCAAAACAUGUCAUUCAUACUGUUGGACCACAAUCCGAAAGACCAACUGUUCUCGCUAAUUGCUACAGAAAUUCACUUCAAGUACUGACAGACAACCAACUGCGCUCCAUUGCAUUUCCGUGCAUUGCUACUGGUGUCUAUGGAUACGACAAUGAGAGGGCUGCCGAUGUCGCCUUGACAACAGUUCACGACUUUUUGCAAGACCAACUGGCAAAGGGCCAAGAUAAGAUUGACCAGAUCAUCUUUGUAUUGUUUAAUGAAAAGGACAGAAAAAUUUAUAAGGAUUUGGUCCCAAAACACUUUCCAGGUGCCUCUACUGAAUGUUAA